AAUUCAACUCAACGCGAUUCCAAACACAGUGUCAGGCGAAUGAAUUCAACGUUCAAGUCGUUCAAGUGAAAAAAAUGUCCCCAAAAGUAACGGUCGCCCCUCUGGGUAGUUUAUGUGUAAAAUUUUUAGCCAUCCGAUUGGUCCAGUUGCUGUCGGAUGACGAAGGUCGGAACUAUGAAGCGGCCAAGCAAUAUUUCUCGGAUGUUACUCACGAAGUGCUCCAAGAACUUCUUAGGGAUAUUCUAAAUUCCAUCCAUCUCGAUGCAGCCACCAGAUUCAGUAUUUUGGAAGUUUUGCUCCGGGAUGAUGUAAGAAAAUUGGAUACGGGAAUAUUUCCGCAUUCCUAUUACGAAAAAAUCCUUCAAGUUAUUAUAUCAAGAGGGGUAGGACUCCAGCAGCUCAAUCUCAAAGGAGUGUGGGCCAGAGAUCAUCCCGCAUUGUUAACUAAAUUGGUCUGUUCUUUGAACAAUCUGAAAGUUCUCAUCAUACCCCAUAUGGCUAACGAUGCUAUUCUACGAAGGAUCGCAGACUGUAGGAAUUUGAAUGUAUUGGAUAUUUCUGGUGAGUCGUAUUUUACCGCAGAUGGCCUGAGCUAUUUGAAAAACGAAAAUCUCCAGAUUCUCGAUGUGGGAUAUUAUGGAAAGAAGGAGAUAUGCGAAGGAAACGGCGACGAUACUGAACUCGUAUCCGCUGUUAUAAGAAAUUUACCGAAUUUGAGAGCCAUCCGGACGUAUUCCUAUACAGGGAGUUCUUUGUUUCUUCUGGAUCAUUCGAGCGAUCUCACUACCAACCUCACCACCUUACGUGAUACUGAAACAACAUCAGAUACAUUCAACGUGAUUUUGAAACUAUGUCCCCGUCUAGAAAGUAUUCACUUGAACGGCCCAAAGCCAGGUGUUGUCACUCAACUCAAGCACUUGAAACGUUUGAACUACUUGAAAUUAUGUAAAGGUUCAUCUCAGGAACUCAGUGAAUACCUCCUCGGUAACAUAACUAAUCUAGAAGUCCUCAAAGUAGCGAGUAGUACAGAUAAAGGACUCGAUCUGGUAGAUAUUGCGGCAGGAUCGCCAAGAGUUCACACCCUAGAGUUCUACCACAUGCGGUUAACAUUCUCUAAUCCUGAAGUGUUCUUCAUGAACCUCGUAAAUAUUGAAGUGCUAUACUGUGAAUUGACCGACAGCUGCUUGAAACAUAUACUCGAGAACAGUCCACUAUUAAAGAGAGUGAUGAUUGGAUGUGAUGUUAGUUUUACUGAUGGUGAUACCUUCAGAUUGUGUGCUGAUUGUGACUUCAUGUUUCUGGAAGAAUUGUGGUUAUCGGGCGCUAAAGGUUUGACAGCAAUAUCAGUGGAAUUGUUGAUGAGUCAUUGUCCUAGACUGAGAUUCUUAGGACAAUUGAGCGGAUGGGAUAUAUCCAGUGAAGAAGUAGAAUUCUACAGGACUAUAAUUCAGAUGUCGAAUAUUGAUUUGACAUUACUGCCAACAGUUUUUUGAUUUGUUUUGUUGUUAUAUGAUAAAAUUUCGUCGGUACCCGAUUGAAGAAUGAACAUUAUUUCAAUCAAGGUGAUGCUGACCUCAUAGCAUUGACCUCGAAUAUAAAUAUUGAGCUAUUUACGUUCAGACGUAAGAUCGUACAGGCUCAUAGUCAGAAACUUUUGCUACCGGGUUAAGGAACAAUAAUAAUGUCUUCCUAACUCAAAGUUUGAUUCACAUUACAUUUGGCUGUUAAUUUGUGAUAUUUAAGUAUUAUAGUGUAAAUAUUAUCACUGCAUGUGAUUUCUCAUAUUUUUCCAUUCGAAUAGGUAAAAUUCUCAAAUCAAAAGAUAUUAUUGUGACGAAAUAUAAGAUAGAUUCAAGAAAAAUCCAAUACGUUUUUCAUUUUGCAAUUAUGAAAUACGAUUUUUUUUAUUAAAUAUAAUGUUAUUCUCAUUAUUGUGGGAUCCACCACUCUUGGUCGAAUAACGAAUAGGUUACUAUGGGAAAAUUCACAGUUAUUAAUAGGAACUCAGAUCAAACACAAAAUGCAAGAAAUUCAUAUUCAACAAGAUUUCUAGUAAUAUAAUUCACUAUUCACAUUAGGAGAUGUUUCAGUAUCUAUACGAGUAUCUAUUCUCGUAUUUAGUCUCUAUAAUAAUAAUAAUCCACAACAAACAAUCGACUUGCUCAUGGUCUACCAUUCAAUGAAACUUUUCAGAAUUUGAUAGAAUAUUUAAUAAUUUGUUGAUUUUUAUUCUGAGAAAUGAAUAACAUGAAAA